CUGAGAGAGAGACAGACAGACAGACGGAGGGAGAGUGAGAGCUGCAAGCUCCCCGCCCCUGAGACCCCUGGGCCAGCCCACGGAAGGCUCCGCAGCAUGUGGGAACUCCGGUCCAUAGCCUUCUCCAGGGCAGUGCUCGCAGAGUUCCUGGCCACACUCCUCUUUGUCUUCUUUGGCCUCGGCUCAGCCCUCAACUGGCCACAGGCCUUGCCCUCUGUGCUGCAGAUCGCCAUGGCCUUUGGCCUGGCUAUUGGCACCCUGGUGCAGGCUCUGGGCCACGUCAGCGGGGCCCACAUCAACCCUGCUGUGACUGUGGCCUGCCUGGUGGGCUGCCACGUCUCCUUUCUCCGCGCUGUCUUCUACGUGGCUGCCCAGCUGCUGGGGGCUGUGGCCGGGGCCGCCCUGCUCCAUGAGAUCACACCACCAGAUAUCCGAGGGGACCUGGCUGUCAAUGCCCUCAGCAACAACUCAACAGCUGGCCAGGCGGUUACUGUGGAGCUUUUCCUGACACUGCAGCUUGUGCUCUGCAUCUUCGCCUCCACCGACGAGCGCCGUGGAGACAACGUGGGCACCCCUGCCCUCUCCAUCGGGUUCUCUGUGGCCCUGGGCCACCUCCUUGGGAUCCACUACACUGGCUGCUCCAUGAAUCCUGCCCGCUCCCUGGCUCCAGCUAUCGUCACCGGCAAGUUUGAUGACCACUGGGUCUUCUGGAUCGGACCCUUGGUCGGCGCCAUCGUGGCCUCGCUCCUCUACAACUACGUGCUGUUCCCGCCCGCCAAGAGCCUGUCGGAGCGCCUGGCGGUGCUGAAGGGGCUGGAGCCCGACGCCGACUGGGAGGAGCGCGAAGUGCGGCGGCGGCAGUCGGUGGAGCUGCACUCCCCGCAGAGCCUCCCGCGCGGCAGCAAGGCCUGAGCGCCCGGACGGGCUGGGGGAGCUCGCCCGCCCGCCCGCCACCCCGCCGGAGCCCCUCUCCCCAGGCUCGAAGCCGGCCCCCAGGGCACAGUAGCUGCUUCCAAGACGCGCCGAGCGGCCAGGGCCCCGGGCACCGCGGUGAGCCGGGCAGAUUCCCCUGGCCUGAGGCUGCGGGGCAGCAAGUAGUGGACCCUGAGGCGCCUGGCAGGGAGCUGGGGAGGGAGGGCGGAGCUAGAAGCCUCCUCCGAGAGCCUGCGCAAGUGUACUGGGGGGCUGGGGGACGGGAGCUGGAAAAGGUGCCCCAGGAUUUUUUGCGUGUGCGUCCCCCAAGUGCCUUUCUGUCCCCAAGUGCAGGGCUGUGCACACUCCUGAGUGUAAGCAGGUGUGCCUGCGCUGGCGCAAGUGUGCCCUGGCUGAUCACCUCUCACUCGUUUCUUGACCCCUCCCUCCCCACCUGCAAUAAAUCCGCGUCCUCUGCAGUGGAGGGGUCCUGUCCCCAGGAGCGCUAAGCGCGCUCCCAGGUAGAAGAGAAGAGGAGGGUGUGGAGGCCACUCUGAGAGGGCUGGAGGGAGGCACUGAUUUCCACUCCCGGCUCUGCCCCUUCAGGGAAGUUUCCCCAAGCUGCAGCACUGGCUCCUAAGAUUUGCCAGGAACCCUCGCUAGAGGUAGCGAGGUUUCAACCAGAAGACAGCUCCCCCCAGAAUUGGCCUGGGAUGGGAGCGGAGAGAGGGCAAUCGAGGCCAAGGACCUCCCUCCUGCCCUAAGAGAGGACCUCGCCCCAGAAAGAAGCAGGCAUAUGUGUGUAUGUGCAUAGCCAGCAGGUAUACCUGCGACCCCAUCUGGGAGGGGUGGGGGCGGGGGGAGCUCCAGACUGAGAGAUUAGCCUCCCACUGUGGCAGAGAAAACAAAAGGCCUUAGUGGGCCCCUGGCCUUUGUCUUGGGAGGAGGAAGAUUUGCAACUAGACACUUCUUGAAAGGAGACACUCAGUUUCGCAAGUGAGCCCUCUCACCCAGCACACACCUAUGGCUGGCUGGGCAAGGCACUCAGGCACGUAACCACAGGCACCAGGCAACAUGUCCCCAUCACCUAUCCCACUUCUGGCCCCUUCCCAGGAAGCAGCUCUUCUUCCUCUCUCUCCCUUCCACCUCCCCAGCCCUUCUGCCCCCUCCCUUCUGGCUCCCCCCAUAGGACCUUAUUGCGGAGAGAGCAGCCUAGCACUUUCUAGGCCAAAGAAGGGGAAAUGACUUGUCUAGGCAGAGACAGGUCUAUGUCUAGAGCCGGGUCUUCUAAAUUUCCAGGCCAGUGCGAUGUUUCUCAAAUGAGAUUAACUGGGAUUAAGUGAGAUCAUGCAUGUAAAGAUGCUGUGUGAACUGUAAGUCCUCAUACCAUUAUCACGCAUUAGUGGGAUCAUUUCGUUAUUUCUGUUCCUGGGGGUGGGGUGGGGUGGGGUGGGGUAGGGGGGAAGAAUGCAGAAGGGGCAUGACCUUUGGCCUCCUGUACCUCCUUUAGUUGGUGGUUAAAGCAAAGGCAGGCCCUGGGGCCCCAAGGUACCAGCAGGAGAUGGGUGUGGGGCUAGCCCCAUCCUGAUCCAGCCUCUUCACCAACCCCAACCCUGAGCCUGCCAUUGACUGUUCUCCCCUUGCCUCCCCUCCUCCCACCACCCAUGCCAGCCGUGCUCCCCUCCCUCUCCAGCUUGUUGCAUAGCUGACCUAAGGACCACACCGUGAGCCCCCUUCUCCGUGCUCUGAUGCCUUCAUGCUUUCAAGGCUUUUCUCUGUGUCUGUCCCACACUGCACAAGCAUCAUUGUGCACCAGAGCUUCCAGCCCCUUCGGGCCCUCCACUCCCUUCAGAGACAAACUGGAUAAGGAACACAUAUCUGUAAUCAUACCCACUGCCUCCUCUAAGCUCUUUUCUGUCUUCCUUGAGCAAACCUUCCUUCGGGUUAGAAAAAGCCUGCCCUCAGUCAUAGAUGCUAUGGAGAUGAUUCUCCCAAUCCUUGAACAGCUGAUGACAGUCACCUGGCCUUGUUCCUGGAGGAGGGGUCAAGUCAGAGUCCAAAGUAACCCCCAGGCUGUACUUCUGGCAGCUGAGUGUCCUUGCACUGGAAUUUCAAAGGCAGCAAGGUUCUGAGCUGUAAGCCAAGCCUUGACGUGUCUCAGGUAUUUCAUCCCCUCCUCACUUCUCCCCACCAGAUCCAUCUCAGCUCAGUCACUCAAUAGUUUCUGACUCUUUGCAACUCCUGGACUCUGACCCACGAGGCUCCUCUGUCCAUGGCAUUUUUCAGGCAAGAAUACUGGAGUGGGUUGUCAUUUCCUUCUCCACAGAUCCCUCCAGAAGUUGCCAAAAAUUUCUCCCUACAGCUGUUCCUCUUCCAAGACGACACUGUCCCCUGAACUAAAUGUGAGAGCCCCACUGCUUCCAGCCCCGAUUGCCCAGAUUGGGAUCACUGAGGUCAGAAGUCAAAGCAGGAUUCAAGUGAUGGGAUGGAGGGGAACUACACCUAUUAAGCAUGUUUGUGUCCCAGUUUCUGAGCCAGGUGGGGAGACAAUGACGAAGAACACAGGCUGGUUUCUGCCCUCAAAGAGCACCCAGUCUGGAGAAGGGCGGAGGCCACAUACCAAACCAGACAGAGGCAGGGCAGCAUGGAGGCAGAUGGACAGAACUUCAGGUCCCCAGCUGGAGAAUGAGGAGAUUCUGAGCUGAGGGGAGGAGGGGCUGGCCACUGGGCCUCAGCUGCCUCCACCUCUGCACUCCCACUUUGCUCCAGAUGACUUUGCCCCUGCGCGGGUUGCUUCAAUACUCUUUUGGGUCUUUAAGCUGCGAUUCUGUAUCUGGGCAGUGCCUCCCAGCUAGACGAUGAGCCCUUUGGGGGCAGGGCUCCUUUUGGUUCUCAGAUGGCACCCUCCUCUCUAUCUUCCCCCAUCCGUCUUGUGUCUCCCACAGUGCUCUGCACAUAGUAAACACUCAAUAAAUGCACACUUGUCAAUAAA